AUGACCGUUCAAUUUAAGGGAAUCAGCGAGUAUAAGAAAAAAUACAAGAUACGGCGUGCACGUCCUGCAAGCGAGUCUUCACAUCGUAAAAUGCGAUUGGCUGGACUACGCUCCGACCAGUUAGGCAUAAGUCGGGAACCUCAGUUCCUGUCCAGGAGAAAGGUUCCUUUUUACAAGCCGCAGACAUCAAGCUCUUUCCAGUGGGCUGUGUCUGAUGAGCUGCUGCAAGGACAGGGCACUGUCAGACCUGGCAGUCCCCUGGCUGUAACCCCUGUGGCAGUAACCAACAGUCCAGAGGAAGCAGAGGUCCCCCUUGCCCCAAGGAACCCUAAACCUAUUGGAACCUCCUCAGCAUCACCCCAGUCAAGGGAAGAGGUUCCAGCUACCCAGCCCUCCUCAGGUGACACGCAGAGGCAGGACCCUAGAUUAACUGGAGUAGACCAUGCUCUGAGAAGGAAAGCAGGACUUCGGUCAAAUCGACAGAAAAAUGGGUAUGAGAGCUCCGAAUACCAGAGACAGUUCAAAUGGAAAUCCCCUGUGGCUGCAUCACCCCUUUUAGCAGCGCACCAGAUGCUGAACACUAGCAGCCGAUCUAUCCCACCUUUCAAGUCUAACCCAGUCGUAGCAGAGAGCGAAUACACAAGAAACUUUAAGGGCUCACCCCCUCCUCGUCCACCUCGGCUACGUCGGGAUGUAGAACAAAUGGAAGUUCCACUCUUCCACAAGGAGAAUGUUUCCCCUCUUAGUAAUAAAAGGAAGAAGAGGAAGGAACAACACCUCAGCAGAAAGUCAGGCUCUAAAGAGGAACUGCCAGGGUUUCAGCAGGAGAAACUACAGACAGAAGUAAGGUCACAGAGUGCCCAGCGAAACAGUGCACCUACAGUAGGCCACAGGGGAGCGAAGACUGAGUAUAACUCAAACUUCCAGUCCCCACUUACGUACCACUACAGAGACGGUGUAUGGGUCAAGACCAGGACUGUAGGGGAGGAGGCUUGUGACAGUGACCAUGGUCACGAGUGGUAUUAUGAGGUGAAGGAGUUGCGAGAGAAGGCAGAAGCCUACAAGAAAAGGGCGUGGGGAACACAUUUCUCCCGCCUGCACCUUAACCAGAUCCUGUCCGAGCAGAAUUGUCUUUGGGAACCGUCCAGUGCCUCCUCUACCUCAACACUGACAGAGGGCAACAGGAGUUCGGCCAGCAGCCCAGUGAUUGAGGCCCUGGAUCUGGCCAGGGUGGAGAGUGUGAGGGGGAGCUCCAGUCCUGGAGCCUUUGCUUCCCAAGGAACGAGUAGGAGGAGUUCUAUUGAAGAGGCAAGUCUUCCUGAAGGCCCCACCAUUCCUGUGCAGAGAAAGUUGGCAUGGGGGGAGGAGGUAGGGCCCAGAGAGGCCAGCGAGACUGAAGCAGAGCAGCCACUGGAGGAGCCACAGGUUGAGGAGAGAAAGGAGACAACAGAAAAAAGAGUCAAGGAGGAAGAGGAACAUGGAGGCAAAAAAGGAAAUUUCAGACACAAAAGGGAGGAGGUCAGGGUCACAGUGGGCCAGCCCAUGUCACCUGUAAUGAGGUUAGAGAGUUAUAAGGAAGGGGGAAGACUACCCACCCCUGAACUGAAAACAUUGGCAGCCAUGCAGAGGACCCAUCAUGACCGUACCACCCCAGCCACUGGGGGUGCUCUCUUGGUUUCUCCUCCAAGACCGAAGAACUCCAACAAGGUAGUAAGAAGGAGUGAGCCACCGCUGGGCAAGCCCCAUUCACCCUAUAAGCAUCUGCAUAGCUCCUCCGUGUUGGCUGCCAGCAAGACUGAUACAGGGAGUUUACCCAGCUCUUCCCCUGCUGCAGGCGUGGCAACAGUUGACCCACUGCCCUUGCGAGAGGAUUCUUGGCAUGGGGAACACAUUAACUGCUCUACUGGUGAACAGCCAGUUAAGUUAUCUAACAAACGUAAUACUGGUGUUCAGUCACUGACUACCAUCCUCCCCCCUGCCAACAGAAUCCAAGGCACAAUGAGGAAUCCUGAAUUCCAGCACAAUGGGAACUUAGGACAUCAUCGGCCUGAGCUUUUUUUGUUUCCCUCCAGUGAUUCAGCGGUGUCUGAUGAUGAUGACAGGAUGUCUCAGAUCUCCUCCAGAUCAGCAGCCUCCUGCUCCUUGGCCUCAGAAGUUUUGAACCGUGCUCAGAGGCGGAAAGAAGACUUCUGGGGAAAGAGUUAAUGUUUUAAUUGGCGCACACAUUUCUUCUGAAAGACAAAACUUACAUCAUUGUUUAUCAGUUUAAUGACUAGAGAACUCGAUAAAGCAAACUAGGAAACAUAUUCAACUCCUUUUUCAGGAAUCAUAAACCCAGUAAUA